GGGGCGGCCUGGCGAGCCCUGGGCCGGGAACCAGGCCGGAGGGGAGGGGCUGCACCCGGGGUCCCGGCCGGCGGGCGGUGGGCCGUCCCGCCCCGUGAGCGCCGCCGGGUCCCCAGCCCUGUCAGCGCGGUGACUGCUGUCCCCGGGGGCGCCCUGCGCCGGGUGCGGGGAGGCAGUCGGUGUGGCGGGGAGCAUGUACUGUCUGGACGAACGCCACAUCCUACAUCAGGCAGGGAAAACCCCAGAAGAUGGGAAUGCAGCUCGUGCAUCGCUGCCGCCGAGAAACUUUAGUGAUACAGACCUAGGAAGUGGUACUCGGGACCCGGCUGUGCCGCUGACGGGCGUGGCCAAGCCGUCCUUGGUCACCUGUGUCCAUAGUUUUUGGGUGAAUGCGCCGAAAGGACGAAGUAAGACUUGGGAACAGUGACUAGAACUCUGUCUGAGCCUUUGUAGGAAUCCCAGUUUUGCGGAUGAUAAAAUGGGAUGAAGCCGUGGAGAGGAACAGGAUGUUCAUAGUAACAGGAAAGUUGGUGAUAAAUGGUUUCCAAGUUACCUCAUUUGCAAUUUCUCAUUUCAGCUGUUGCAUAAAAGAUUAAAAUAGGGUAAAGUGGAAUAGUGGAAAGAGGGAUGAAUUGUUUGUCAGGAGAUGUCAGUUCUAGCUUUGACUUUAUGGCUUUAAGCAAAUUAGGAUCUCACUAGGCCUUACGUUUAUUUUUUUCAAAAAUAAUUACAAAGAUAUAUGAACACCUGCCUACGAUGUGACAGAUUUUUUAUAGGGUUUAUGGGAGAAACAAAGCUGUAUUAAGCAUGGGUCUUGCACCCAAAGAACUGCUGAUUAUUAAGCUAUAUUUCUAGGUAAUUUGGAAGGUAAAUUUUAGCAUACACGAGUUCUUGGUUAUUACUUGACUUCAAUACCCUUAGGAAGCUUCAUAGUUUUCUUACAAAUUUUUCUUCUGGUUUGGCAGGUAAAUUCUACACAUCUGUCAACAUGAUACAUCCAUUUACAGUCCUGUUAAAAUCAUUUUAACUUAAUGUAAGGAGGCUUAUAAAAGUAACAUGAGGGUAAAAAUCUAAAAUAAACCACUUUAAUAACACACUUGUUCUCCUAUUUCAUUUAUCACGACAGCUUUACUUUUUAAUACUUCCUGUGAAAUUGGGAAAUUGUGAGAGAUUCUGAGGCAUCCUGUUAUAAAACUGAAGGCCCAGCGAUGUGAAGAGGCUUGCAUGAGAUCGUUCGUCUGAUUUUCCUAAGGGACGGAGCUUGGCUUGGCCUCUCACUGUUGUGGCCUCUCCCAUUGUGGAGCACAGGCUCCGGACGUGCAGGCUCAGCGGCCAUGGCUCAUGGGCCCAGCCGCUCCGCGGCAUGUGGGAUCUUCCUGGACCAGCUCACGAACCCGUGUCCCCUGCAUCGGCAGGCGGACUCUCAACCAUUGCGCCACCAGGGAAGCCCAGGCAGAGAUUUUAAAAAACCUCUAAAAAUGCAGGUCUCUAGCUCCAGGUCUGUACACUUGAGUGAAUGGCAGAAGAAUUACUUUGCAAUUACGUCUGGCACGUGUACAUCAGGAGAGAAGGCAGAUGCGUACCGAGCACAGAUUCUCCGCAUUCAGUAUGCAUGGGCAAACUCUGAGAUCUCCCAGAUCUGUGCUGCCAGACUGUUCAGAAUAUAUGCAGAGAAAUAUUCUGCAGUUAUCGAUUCUGACAGUGUUGAAACUGGCUUGAAUAACUAUGCAGAAAACAUUUUAACUCUAGCAAGAUCUCGGCAAACUGACAGUGACAAGUGGAAGUCUGGAUUGUCAAUAAAUAACGUGUUCAAAAUGAGUAAUGUUCAGGAGAUGAUGCACGCUGGCAGAAAAUCCAGAGACUCUCUGUUGGCACCUGCUGAUGAGUCAGUAGUCAUCCAUAGAGUGGCCGCUGUCUGUGAUCUUCCUAAAUUUAGUGUUUGUGGUGGUUCUGGGGAGAGUGACCCGUUAACUAACUCAGCCCAUGGUGCCGAUAGGACCAAAGACUUCCCAGAGGGCAGUCCUUCUUUGAAGUGCCCUCAGAAUGCCCAGCCACCUCUGGUCACUGACACCGCUAAGACAUGUCCUACAGUCUCAGGACCUUUCGGUGAGUCAGCCACUGCAAAAUUCCAUGCCACACCAUUAUUUGGAAAUGUCAAAAAGGAAAAUUACAACUUCCCGAAAGCCAACAUAGGACUAAGUGAGUUCUCAUCUAAUCAGUCUUGUUUUCCUUCUGGCUUUGAAAAUCCACGGGAAAUGAAAGCUUUUUAUGGUUCUGGCACCAUUGAUGCACUUUCCACUCCAGUGAUGAAUAAGGCUUUUAGUAAAACAGAAGAUAAUGGCCAAAGAGAGGAGAGCAGCCUGCCUACUUUUAAAACUGCAAAAGAACAGCUAUGGGUCGAUCAGCAGAAAAAGUACCACCAGCCCCAGCGUGCAUCAGGGUCUUCACAUGGUGGUGUCAAAAAGUCUCUGGGAGCUAGUAGAUCCCGAGGGAUAUUUGGAAAGUUUGUUCCCCCCGUACCUAAGCAAGAUGGGGGAGGUCAGGGUGGGGGGACACAGUAUAAGUCUCAUGGCGCAGGAGCUGCAGACGCAGCACAUCCCGUGGAUGAGCGUCUGAAGAACUUGGAGCCCAAAAUGAUUGAACUUAUUAUGCAUGAGAUUAUGGACCAGGGACCGCCAGUAAAUUGGGAAGAUAUCGCAGGAGUGGAAUUUGCCAAAACCACAAUAAAGGAGAUAGUCGUGUGGCCCAUGAUGCGGCCAGACAUCUUCACUGGCUUACGAGGACCCCCUAAAGGAAUUCUGCUCUUUGGUCCUCCGGGGACUGGUAAAACUCUGAUUGGCAAGUGCAUCGCUAGUCAGUCUGGGGCAACAUUCUUCAGCAUCUCUGCUUCCUCCUUGACUUCUAAGUGGGUGGGCGAGGGAGAGAAAAUGGUCCGUGCGUUGUUUGCUGUUGCACGAUGUCAGCAACCAGCUGUGAUAUUUAUUGAUGAGAUUGAUUCCCUAUUAUCUCAGCGGGCAGAUGGCGAGCAUGAAUCUUCUAGAAGGAUAAAAACCGAAUUUCUAGUUCAGUUGGAUGGAGCAGCCACAUCUUCUGAAGAUCGUAUUCUAGUGGUAGGAGCCACCAAUCGGCCCCAGGAGAUUGACGAGGCCGCCCGGAGAAGGCUGGUGAAAAGGCUGUAUAUUCCCCUCCCGGAGGCCUCAGCCAGGAAGCAGAUCGUCAUGAAUCUGAUGUCCGAGGAGCACUGCUGCCUCAGUGAGGAGGAGGUCGACCUGGUGGUGCGGCACUCGGGGGGGUUCUCGGGCGCGGACAUGACGCAGCUCUGCCGGGAGGCGUCUCUGGGUCCUAUUCGCAGUUUACAGGCUGCCGACAUUGCCACGGUAACGCCGGAUCAAGUUCGACCAAUAGCUUACAGUGACUUCGAAGAUGCCUUCAGAACUGUGCGACCUAGUGUGUCUCCAGAAGAUUUAGAGCUUUAUGAAAACUGGAACAGGACUUUUGGUUGUGGAAAGUAAAUGGGAAGCUUGAAAUUAAAAGAUGGCAUUUCUGUAGCCCGGUCUGCCCCUUUUUUUAGCAUAGGAAAUCGAUGAAGUGUACAUCACAUGUAUAUUCUGAAUUCUGUACCUCAAAUAAAAGACAGUAACAAUA